CGCGCCCUCAUCAUUUCAAUCCCCCCCUCCCCCGCGCGCCGCUUCCCUCAGGCCCCUCCCUCGCUCCCCUCCGCUGUGUCACUCAUUGGCUUUGUCAGUUCUCCCCACAGUUGCUACCCAGGAGCCGGCGAACAGGUGAAGGCUUUCUGCCAGCUCAGCACGGAGUGGGAAGGAAGGAAGGCGGCUUCUGGGCGGCCGAAGACAUCCAAAUAAGCGGGGAAGAGGUCGAGAGAGACCUGAGGAGAAUGAGGCGGGCGGGGAGCGCGUCCUGAGAGCCAAAGAGGUCCAGGGAGGCUGGAGGUGGCGACGCAGAAGAGGAGGAGAAGCAGCCCGGUCCGGAUGGAGGCGGCGGAGCCUCGAGGGAAGCGCCUCUUUCUUCUCCUCUGGGCGGCUCUCCUCUGCUGCCAGGCGACCCGGAGCGUGGGCGCAGUGGCAUCUCCCGCCAACCCGCCUUUGCCUCAGUGCCAGGAGGCAGAAUACCACUUUGAAUACACUGAAUGUGACAGCACCGGAUCCAGAUGGAGGGUAGCAGUCCCAAAUCCAGAUGUGGAAUGUUCUGGGUUACCUGAUCCUGUCAAAGGAAAGGAAUGCACUUUUUCAUGUGCGUCUGGGGAAUAUCUAGAAAUGAAGAACCAGGUGUGCAGUAAAUGUGCUGAAGGCACCUACUCUUUGGGAAGUGGGAUCAAAUUUGAUGAAUGGGAUGAUCUGCCUGCUGGAUUCUCCAAUGUAGCAACUUAUAUGGACACAGCCAUUGGAUCAGUAGAAAGUAAAGCAGAUAGCUGUGGCAAGUCUUCAUGGACUCCUCGUGGGAAUUACAUUGAAUCAAAUAGGGAUGACUGCACCGUCUCCUUGAUCUACACCGUACAUCUGAAGAAAUCUGGUUCUGUCAUCUUUGAAUACCAGUAUAUUGACAACAACAUCUUCUUUGAGUUUUUUAUUCAAAAUGACCAGUGCCAAGAAAUGGAUUCUACAAGUGACAAGUGGGUGAAAUUGACAGAUAAUGGUGAAUGGGGCUCCCAUUCUGUGACACUGAAAUCAGGCACUAAUAUAUUAUACUGGAGAACAACAGGGAUUCUAAUGGGAUCACAGGUGGUGAAGCCUGUACUUGUGAAAAACAUCACAAUUGAAGGAGUGGCCUAUACAUCUGAAUGCUUUCCCUGCAAACCUGGUACAUUUAGCAAUACACCAGGUUCUUCCACAUGUCAGGCCUGUCCUAGAGAUAGUUACUCUGAAAAGGGUGCUAAGGAAUGCACUAAGUGUGAUGAAGAAACACACUAUGCAGAUGAGGGUUCAAGUCAGUGUUUGGAACGUCUUCCAUGCUCCAGCAAAGACUUUUUUCAAAUCCAUACACCAUGUGAUCAAGAUGGAAAGACUCAGCUCAUGUACAAAUGGGUGGAACCUAAGAUAUGUAGGGAGGAUGUCCCUGAAGCAGUAAAACUACCACCUUCAGGAGAAAGAAAAGAUUGUCCACCUUGUAACCCUGGUUUCUACAACAAUGGCUCAUCUUUUUGUGCUCCUUGUCCUUUGGGCAUGUUUUCUGAUGGAACAAGGGAGUGCAAAGCCUGUCCUGCUGGUACUGAACCAGCUCUAGGACUGGAAUACAAAUGGUGGAAUAUACUACCUCUCAAUAUGAAGACUUCUUGUUUCAAUGUUGGAAAUUCAAAAUGUGAUGGGAUGAAUGGUUGGGAAGUAGCUGGUGAUCACAUUCGGAGUGGAGCCGGAGGUACAGAUAAUGAUUACCUCAUUGUGAAUCUUCAUGUACCAGGAUUUAAACCUCCAACAUCAGUAACUGGUGUGACUGGUUCAGAACUUGGAAGGAUCACCUUUGUGUUUGAGACCAUCUGUUCAGCAGAUUGUGUGCUAUAUUUCAUGGCGGACAUCAAUAAAAAGAACACAAAUGUAGUGGAAUCAUGGAGUGGAAUUAAGGAAAAGCAGUCAUACACACACAUAAUAACAAAAAAUGCUUCUUUUACAUUUACAUGGGCUUUCCAAAGAACAAGUCAAGGUCAAGAUAGCAGGAAGCUCAUCAAUGAUGUGGCAAAGAUCUACUCAAUCACUGUCACUAAUGCUGCUGAUGGUGUUGCUUCAUCUUGUCGGGCCUGUGCCAUCGGUUCUGAACAGUUUGGUUCCUCCUGCAUUCCCUGUCCAGCUGGGCACUAUAUAGAAAAAGAAACCAAUCAGUGCAAGGAAUGUCUUCCCAAUACAUACCUGUCCAUGCAUCAGGUGUAUGGCCAAGAAGCAUGUGUCCCUUGUGGCCCUGGCAGCCAAAGCACGAAGGAUCAUUCUGCCUGCUUUAGCGACUGCCUGCUUACUUAUGCCAAAGACAAUCAGAGCCUGAACUAUGAUUUUAGCAGCCUCAGUACAGCAGGCUCUUUAAUGAAUGGACCGAGCUUUACAGCAAGAGGAACAAAAUUCUUCCAUUUCUUCAACAUCAGCCUCUGUGGAAACCAAGGGGGAAAGGUAGCAAUAUGUGCAGAUAACAUAACCGAUAUUACACUAAAGGAUAUGGUAGCUGAAUCAGAAGAUUUUUCCAAUGUUGUAAAGGCUUUUGUUUGUCAAUCGACUAUCAUACCACCCGAUAGCAAAGGAUUCCGAACUGCUCUGGCACUUCAGUCCAACAGCCUCGCUGAUAUGUUUUUUGGAGCUACCACUGAAACAACACUGGGAGAUAUAACUGUUAAGCCAGAAAUGUUUGAACAUUCUGAAAACAAGAUACCUGAUGUGCAUUUUUAUUACAAGUCUUCAGGAGCUACAGCGACUUGUGAAAAUGGCCGUGCUUCUGUCGUGACAAUGAGGUGUAACCCUGCAAAACCUGGCCAAGGAGAAAUUUCAGUUCCCAGCUCUUGCCCUGCAGGUACCUGUGACGGGUGUGCCUUCUACUUCUUGUGGGAAAGUGCUGAAGCUUGUCCCAUGUGUACAGAGCAGGACUAUCAUGAGAUUGAGGGAGCUUGUAAAAAAGGACACCAGGAAACCUUAUAUGUAUGGAAUGAACCAAAACUAUGUAUAAAAGGGGUUUCAUUGCCUGAAAAAAAGACCAUCAUUUGUGAAACAGUGGAUUUCUGGUUGAAAGUUGGAGCAGGUGUGGGAGCUUUCACAGGUGUCCUGCUGAUUGCUUUAACCUGCUACUUCUGGAAGAAGAAUCAGAAGCUAGAGUAUAAAUAUUCCAAAUUGGUAAUGACUGCAAAUUCAAAGGAAUGUGAGCUUCCAGCUGCAGACAGUUGUGCUAUAAUGGAAGGGGAAGAUAAUGAAGAGGAAGUAGUAUAUUCAAAUAAGCAGUCAUUACUAGGUAAACUCAAAUCUUUAGCAACAAAGGAAAAGGAAGACAGAUUUGAAUCUGUUCAGUUGAAAUCCUCAAGAUCUCAAAAUAUAUGAAGAUGUAACUCUUCCAAUGGAUCAGCAAAGCUAAUUUCUAUUUAUAUGGGAGUACAUUUUCAACACAUCUGGCACACUUCUGAAGGGUGUUCUCCAGUGAAGAGCAUAGAACAUUCUAAGAGGAAGAAAGAAGAGCAGACAAGAGCAAGAGGGGAAUUUGCCUUAUCUGAGUCUCAGUAAUUUGCCAAAAAGGAAAGAAAACAUUUUAAUAAGCUGGGAUGGAUGUUCAACUCAGGGAGAGAGCAAGCAUGUGGAGUCAGAGAUAUUUUGAGGUCUGAGGCUGGUAAUCUCAGCAACACUUCCUGGAAUAGUAAAAAUAUGGCAAUGAACUAAAAGUUGACAGUUUUGCUGUCCUUUAAUGCUCUUUGCUCAAAUGCUGUCCCUGUGAGGUGGAUUGUGUUUCACUCUGUCCUGAGAGUGGUUGCAUCUGACAUGAGGUUUACAUUGAUCUCUGUGUUGUUUUGUCAUACCAUAUAAUUCAGUUAUUUAUACUUUUUUAGUUCCCAUCCCCUUUGUCCCAAAGAUGAGGCAGUUUGGCUUUUAGGAAGAAUAGAAGAUUACCCAAAAGCCAGUGUGGAAAAUGGCAGAUAUGCUGAAGCUGUAGAGAUGAAUUUCUCUUGAAAUCAAACCUCAAUCAAUAGCUUAAAUAGAAUAACUAUUGAUUUUUUUUUUAAAAAAAGGAGUAUGCUUGCCAUACAAAUUUAGGACUUUUUGCCUAAGGAUACAGGUUUUUAUCUGCUCAAUUGGCUUCUUUAGGUGAAAAGACCUAAAACUGGCCUGUGGAAAAUCUGAACAUGCCGCCCAAAAGCUAAGAACAUUACCCAGUGUGUGUUUCCUGUGAAGUAAGUCCUAUUUUAUUCAAUUGGGUUUGUAUUUAUUAUGGUAGCCUAAAUUGCUAGGGGUCUGUCUCUUCGGGAUCCAUCCAAAUUGUGCCACCCAUCUGAUUGCAGUCACAUAAAGGUAGCUUGCCAUGACAAAGUCUUUCAGAUGAAGCAAAUCUUCUCAAAGAUAUAGAUAAAUAUUGCUACGGUCACACAUGCAUUUAAGAAAAGGAUCUGCCUAUGUACAAUGUUGCCUCAGUUCAAAUGGUAACAAUACAGUGACUUGCAUGUGGGGAUAUAAUUCUCUGCUAUUUUCAGUCCCAAAGGAAGCAAUUAGUAAUUUCGUAGUUUUCUUCCUCCUGUGAGAAAAUCUUUCAAAAGGGUGCUGUUUUUGAAAACUAUUUGCAAUUCUGCACAACAUUCACGUGUAAGAUAUUUUGCCUAGAAAACAACAUUUUCUUAAUGUAAAAUAGUAUUUCUGCACAGAAAAUUCUACACUGGGAGCUUAUUCUGCAUAAAAUUUGUUUUUGCACUUUUCUUUGCAUUUUCUGGACAAAAUAUUAUGAAGAAAAAAGCCACAAGCCUUGCGUAGAAUAAAUGCUAAAUGUUUAAGAUUCUCAUCAGUCCAGGAUUUGAUGCAUCAGGAUUUCCCAACACUCAAAAAUACAUUUUAACAAUUUUUGAAAUAUUAUGGAAUACCCAUCCUUAUGUACAUGAAAGAAUUGUCCCAAAAUGAAACAUGAAUAUUCGGGUAUAAAAAGUGUAAGAGUCAGGUAUAUCUCUACAAUAAGGAGCGCUUCUAAAAUCCUUCCUGGGUGAAUAAGGGGAUGCUAUCAAUGUAAAUUUGUAGCAUUUGAUUCUUGGCAAGAGGUUGUACUUCCAUAGCCUUGGCCUUUGCAGACAUACUUUCUUCUGGCAUUAUUUUCCUGAGUUUGUAACAUGCAGGAACUGAUUGAAGGGAAUGCUCCCAUUCAGAGCAGUCAUGGUUCCUAAGCAGAUGAGCUUCCAAACUGAGACAAAUUCCCAAGUGGAACUUCCUGCUACAGUGCUUGUAUUGGGUAACAAAUUAAAAAUCCUCAAAGAAAGGACCUGCAACUGGGCAAGGUGCAAUAGAUUCAUGCACUGUCUCUCAUGAAAACUUCCUUGUUUGCCUGCCAGAUGAGCAGUCACAGAAUAGUUACACAGGAUGGCAUUUGUUGUAGUGGAGAAGCUUGACAGGCCUAGUUGACCCUUGGUUAAUGGCUACCAACUAAGAUGAAGAAUCAGCCAUAAUAAUGUUACAUGAUCCUUAGAUUUCCUGAAUUCCUAAAACAUGGUAAGUUUUAUCGAUGAGAAAUAAAUAUUUAUUGAUAAUAACAAUGCCAGGAUUAAUGCUGUUGAUAAGAAAUUGUGUUCUGUAAGCAUUUAUCUAAGUUAUGCAAGAUCCUGUAUGUUGGAAAGUAUUUAAAAAACACUAUACAUACUUUCAAAAUAUAGCAUAUUAGUUCUUCAUCAGGGAACAAUGAAGGUUGUGUGGUGGCAAUAGUGAUGCUUUUAGUACAAACUAUUGAAUUGAUGUAAUUUUAGAGGAGAGAACUUUUGACUAAUAACUUGCCUUUUAAAUGAAACCAAAUCAGAAACUGUCUGCAUUUUGAAGAAUAAUCCUAUGUUCUUAAUAUAGAAGAAGGAAGAAGACUUCCUUAAUCUUACUCGCUUUUAAUCAGAGUAUUUACCUGGCAAAAUAAAUGAGUUUUCUCCCUGUUUUGCUAGGUUACCUUAGGAAUAACUCAGAGAAUGCAUGCAAUUUUUAUUGUUAUUGAAACACAAACACAAAAAAAGGUUUGUGUGUUCAUAGUACACUUUUCUACAACUGAAUGUUCAACAAAAUAAUCCUUUGCAUUUUUACUCAGUAGUAAAUUGUACCUGUUUCCCUAGGCCUUAUGUCCCAGUAACCAUGCACAAGAUUGCAACUGUGUCUUCUUUGUUUUUUUGUUUUGUUUUUUGUAUAUUCUGUAUGGUUGUAUAUCAUAAUUUGUGCAUUGUAAGUGCUAUGGUUAUUUUUAGCUGUUGUUUAUCCUCACUUGAUACGAAUUGUUAUAAUCAGUGCACCUAUCACUUUCAUUAUUAUUUCUAUGCAGAAUGUUUAAGGAGAAAAAUUAAUAUGGAAAAAAAUGUAAAGUGUGUGAACUCCUGCAGUGAUCCUUCUGUGAUUCCAUGGCUGUAUCAGUUAAAAAGAUUACUCUUUUUAGAAAUUAUUGAUGGUAAUCUCAACUGCAUUUGUCAUCCAGAGAAUCAAAUUGUAAUGUGGGAAGGAUCUUGCAGGGCACAUUUUCCAUUUGGUGGGUAAGGUUAGGGACCUCAUCACAUGAUGGAAAUUCAGCAUCCUAGGACACUUCUGCCCUAGUUGACUCAUGGAUCCCCACACCACCCAUCACACAAUAUAGGCCCAUUUCCAGGGGCACUCCGUAAAUCAACUGGAGCAGCAGCAUUGUAGGAUUCUGUGCUGCCAACACAGAAUGUUGGCAUUCUCCCUGUUCCAUUUGGAACAACGGGGCUAGUGCAGGGGAAGCCGUGUGGUGACAUUUUCCCACAUGUGAUGAUGAAGCAUCAGCUAGCUGCGAGGCGGGUAUUGCCCUGCUGCCUCCUGAUUUUCCAUGGAGGCUGGUGAAUCAAAACACUGGAUCUCAUCAAUGUGAUGAGGUCCUAAGUACAAGUAGCCAGAGCAUGGGGCUCUAAUGGGUCAAAUUUGAUCCCUGAGCCAGAGGUUCACCAAAAGGUUCAAAUCAGUCUUUGCCAAUGUGGGUCCUUCACAUUCCUGCCUACAACUUUCAUCAUUGGCCAUGUUAACUGGACAAGAUCAAUAAGCACCAAUAGGGCUUUAGAUCAUGGAAGGCUGUGCUUGAUGCAUUGAGCAGGGCUUAUUUUUUUGUAUGAAAACGCACUCUUCUCAUACUGAAUCAGCUCAACAAGCCAUGUAUUUUAGCUCAGUAUUUUCUAUUCAUUGGAUUAUAAUUUACCAACAUCUCAAUCUGAGACCUAUCCCAACCACGAUUUCUGAGUUUCUGGUGGUAAAAUUGAGCUGUUGUGUGAAAGUCGUGCCUUCUGCAACUCAGCUCAAAUUGUUCACUUUAUCAUGUGAUGCAGCCCUUGGAACUUAAACUUGUGUGAAUCUUCGUUUUGCAAACAUUGUCUCAUCUGUUGUCCUAAUGCGAAUUUGCAAAUAUUCUUCUCUUCCUGAAAGUAUAAAAUCUGGGAUUCUUCUUGAAUGAUGAAUGAAGACACAUAACUUCUUCCUUUUCAAAACUAUGUAUCCAUUAGUCGUUUGUUUUUAUUUUCUUUAAGUCGCACUUUAUUUGAGAAGAUAUUUGGGAAAGAUUGGACAAUUUUCAACAUACAGCAGUAUCCAUUAAUUUGCCAUUAUUUUCCCAAACAUCUUCAUGCCUGGGAUAUUAGUGCAAAACAGUUCCUUCUUUCCACUACCGGAAUGCCAUCCCUGAUGUGUCCCAGUGCCUUGAAUUGGAAUGAAUAAAUGUUUUUGUUUUUUUAAAAAAAUCAGUACUUUUCAUGACUCAUUGGAUUGUUGUGUUCUAAGUAUUUCACCCCAUGAGCAACUGUAUAGUAUACUUGUCACUUACUGUAAUCUCAUUGAACAGUGUGCUUCACGGUUAAUAUGACGGAUCCAUCACUGGAAGCCAGUAGUGCUUCUGCAAGGAUCCCAUGACAGACAACCAUCUCCAAACUAUUACUGCCCCUACUUUGACUAUUCAGUGUGUUUACUAAAAUUUUCAGGUUAAAUUGAUUUAUAAAGCCUCCUAUGAAUCUCCUGGUGUUCAGUAUUCUAGAAUCUCUGACUUUGGAAGAAAAAACUCAGUCUUUCUCUAAAGAAUUGUUUAUUUCUGCAAAUCCCCUCAUCCUUUUCAAACAUUCUGCUACAUUCCUAUUUUUAUUAGGACCUUCGAUUUGGUUAUGUAACUAUCAUAAUUUAGUACCUGGGCUUUCUAUAUAUGCAUAUCUUUGGCAGAAAAUGUCAAAGGGCAUUCAAAAAUGCCUAGCUGAAAAGUUUCAGUAGCAAAUACAAUUGAAUGAGAAAAUCAAAUUAUCUGCCUAGCAGAUGCCUAAACAGAACACAUACAAAUCUUCACAUCCCCAUCCUGUAUCAACAUCUUUAUUAUGGUCAUAAACCAGCAUUAGUGGGGUACAGUUUCAUAGAAGCAUGUACAUAAAAUCUAAAAGGCUAAAAAUACAAAGGCAUAUUGAGGGGUAAAACACAAAGCUCUUUAGAGAGGGGAUUGGACAAAAAAGGGAUGGAGAGGGAGGGAGGGAGAUUGAUGGAUGAGUAUGAGCAUUCAGGGCACAUCCUGUAGUCUUCUCUGUUUCCAAAAGACCUGUUCCAAAGAUGUUCCUAAGCAUCUUAAAUAAUUUUAGGGUGUAUAUGGAGCUUUAGGAAGAACUUGUGUUGCUAGUGAAAACAACAGGAUCCUAUUCAUUGCUUUGAUUGCAUCUUUAGUUUUAUAUUUCCAAUAGAUUUUUAUACUGGAAAAUUAUAAAUAGCUCCAGUGAGUGUCAUAAUAGUUAGGAAAAAGAUAUUGAAUUCCCACCAUGCAAUAAAGAGACCAGACACAAGAAAAUGGAUCUACAAUGCCAUUUCCUGACCUAUUUAUAAGGAAUAACCAGUGAAGGAAAGAACACCAUUAAGGGGAUUUAAUCUGUAAGACUUAACACAUGGUGUAUUAGCCAUCUAGUGAGAACUGUCGUUGGACCAGGUGUCAUUCCCUCUGACCACCUCCAAGGACAUAUGGGGACCAAAGAUCCCAAAGGCCAUCCAAAAUUCUUUGGCUUCACAUCUCGACUGAUCAUAUCUGGAAUCAUAGAAUCAUAGAAUCAUAGAAUAGUAGAGUUGGAAGAGACCUCAUGGGCCAUCCAGUCCAACCCCCUGCCAAGAAGCAGGAAAUCGCAUUCAUAGCACCCCCGACAGAUGGCCAUCCAGCCUCUGUUUAAAAGCCUCCAAAGAAUGUUCAGGUGGAAUCUCCUUUAGGAAGAACUUCCUCACAGUGAGGGCUGUUCGGCAGUGGAACUCUCUCCCCCAAACUGUGGUGGAGGCUCCUUCUUUGGCCAUCCUGAGGCGCUCCCUCCCAAAUCUCAGAGCUUUUAAAGAGUAAGAACCCUAAUUCUAACCCCAAGAGUAGCCCCUUUUUGACACCCACAGCUCCCAAAUGUAUAGAACUGUUAUGAAGUCCACCCUUCACCCCCUCGGGGGUGUGUGUGUGUGCCAAAUUACCUAUCAGAAAUAUUUCCCCUUAAUUAUGUCAGCAAAAGGGACAGGCUUCCUCUCCCCCCCCUUUUUUUCCCUGUUGGCUGGCCACCAAAUAUAUUGUCCCCUCUUUUAAAUAAUUCACUGAUAGAACAUUCCCCUCCUCUGAGAAAUGUACUCUAUUGGCACAAUCUCCAUAUGGGGGAUCAUCCAUCCCUUAGUUUGCCAUUGCCAAUUUUCAGGUCCUGGUUGACCUUCCAUCUGGCCAAAUCAAGCUUUUUGGGAUAAAGAUCCCCUGGCCACCUUUGGGCCAAAUUGAGCUUUUUGGGAUUACAAUCCCCCAGCCACUAUAGACAUGGCAACAGUGCUGAUCAGACAAUAUGGACUCCAGACCAACUUUGCCUGAUGAAGCAAAGAGGAUGGCAGAGGAGAGGAGCAGCCUUAAGUUUCCUGCACCUCCGCCCGUCAUGUGAUUGGGGCCGAUGAAGUUAACUGGCCCCACCAAAUCUGGCCUCUUUCAUGGGGGCCUUCAAAUUCUCCCUGCACCUUAGGCUUUGCCUAGUGGCUGCAGGUGGGCCUACUAUUCUAGCUAAGGGCCACCUGCAUAGUUUAUUCUCAAUUUAUACUCAGCUUUGUCUGCCGUGCUAUAGAAUUAACUGGGCUUCAUGGUCCUUCACUCUGACAGAAGCCACCCCAAAUUGGUCAAAAAUUAGUAUAAACCUAUAAAUAUAGUAUUUGAUAUAAACAAUUCUGCCACCUGAUGUUUUCAUUAUUGCAUUUCUAUUUGUUUCAUUUCCUCAUAAUGAAAUUGGGACAGUAAGUUUAAUUAUUCACUGAUUAAAAUGUUUGUAAGUUUAAUAGUCAUUGUCUCUACUACAGUUCUACUAAAUGGAGAAAAAAUAAAUGCAUGAAAUCUUGGUCAGGAACUAAUUCUGAACAGGACCAUGGAAAGGUUGACAUAAUUGGCUCUUGUGUGUUGAUUUCAUACAAUACUUUUUCACCCCAGGAAUUGAACUGAAUGAGAUGUUGAAAUAAAGCUAAAAUUCUAUGAAAAUACUGAUGGCGUCUACAUCUCUGUUUAUGUAAUUAUACUGUAGGGCAAAUGUUUCUUCUUUACCCCCAGCACUGUGUAACAUAUCCUGAGCCUACUCCUGAAGAUGUACAGUUGCAAAAGAGGUUGGGUGGAGCUGCACUCUGGUAUUAUCUGGCUUUCCAUACACAACUGUGGAAAAGGAAAGCCUUUGCCCUCCCUUUGCUCGUUUCCUUGGGUGCAUAACACAAAUCAGAUGGCCUUUGGGUUCACAUCUUUGUCCAGUAAGUAGUUGGGUGAAGAUGAUAGACCUACACCUUGGUACUUCAGGUUGCUUUUACACAGCUGGAGCAAAGGUAUUGCAUAAUGUCUUUAAAAGUACUUUCACUGCCAUAACCCCUGCUGUUGCAAAUGGAAAUAAUUCAGGGCCCUUUCAGACAGGUCCAAAAUGCAGACCUGACUCACUUUUUACCAGAGGUGUCCUAACAACACCUCAAGUAAAAGCGAAUUAAUGCAGAGUAAACCAGGUUUUCCCAGUAUACCCUGCAUUAAUUAAACACAUCUAAAGAUCUAGACUUUAAGUUAAGGUCCAGGUCUUUAAGAGGUGAGGACCCUGUAGGGACUGACUUCCAGGACUUCUUCCACAGUCCUGGGGGUCAGUCCCUACAGCCAUCUCAGUACUUCAAGCUUCCAAAAGCCCAGAGGAUGCCCCCUUCCCUUCCCAGCCCUCAAUUUCAGCCCCGCUCCAAACUUACCGGAUGAGCCUUUAGGCAACACAGGCCUCACUGCAGAGUAUUCCAGACACUUGGAAAUAUCACAUCAAGAGGUGGGCAUGGGGAGGGAUUAUUUUAACCUGCUUCCUCCUGAGUUUGAGGUAAAUGUAGAAGGGCCCUCAGGGAAUUUCACUAGAGAACCAGCAUGGUGUAGUGAAUUGAGUACAGGAUGGUGAAUUGAGUACAAGAUUGUGUCUAGCCACCUGCUGAAGGAAAGUCCAAGGUUGUGGGAGGGGUGGGACUCGAGCCCAGGUGGAAGUGGGUUAUUUUAAUCCACUACUUCUUAGAUAAGUGAAGAAGGACCCUUGAAGAUGAGCCAGUGUCAAUGGGAGCCUGUGUCUUCAGGUUGCCAUAGUCUGUCCUCAAUGUAAUUCAGCCAGAAAUUACAUUUUGUUCAUUUUAUUAAGCCUAAAUCACAGCACAUUUACAUAUCACUCAUAUGAAGAAGGACCUCCAUGUUCUUUAGACAGCAGGUAAAAUUGUGAGCAUGAAAGGGCAAAUUCUGGGAACCUGGUUAUAACAGUGUUCCUCAUGUCUCUGGAGUGGUUUUAGAUGGCUGACAUAAAAGUUUCUCCCAAUGUUUAGCCUGACAUGCUUCCAAACUUCCUUUUGAUUACACAGAUGGAAUCUCUGUUGUUAUGUGUAGCCAUAUUGGUUAUUAAACUGCUGCUACUGUUUUAGUUUAUUUGGGGACGGAAGUGUAAAAAGUCUUUAUUUUAACUAAUAAAUGUCUUUAUUAAGCUAA